CCCCCAUCUCUAGGAUAAUCCUUAACUGAGGCCUUCAGGGACAUUAAUUCCUAUCUCCCUGGGAGGAAAUGGGCCGCCAGCCAAUGACCCUCCUCACCAGCUGUAACCCGAGCCAGUUCCUUCUAUUUAUAGCAAUGCCCACACCACUCGCCGCACAGCUGCUAACUUUGGACUCACUUGAGAGGAAGAGAAGAAGUUGGGUCAACACACAAACGACAUGACGAUGGCCAGCGCUGACUGCCUUCCCGACUACCCACUCGACUCAGAUUUAGUGAAGAGAUUAAAGUCCGCCCUGGAUGCCAGCGACGAGGAGAGAGUGAGCGACUUGCUCUGCACUGAAGUGGAGCAGGUGGACGCCAUCAUCGAAAUGGCCAACGACGACUGGAUGAAAGACCCAUCGGCUCAGCUGCCCCCCGGGGUGCUCCUAGGAAACCUGGACCGCCUCAAGCCCCUCAUGGACCAGUUUUUCCAGGAUGCCAACGUGGUGUUUGAGAUCAAGAAGGAUGAGAUGGAGUGGCAGGUGAAAUCUACAGCCACGUUUGGCCCAUCAGGCCUCUGGACCCUGGAGUACAAGCGGGAGCUCACCACGCCCCUGUGCAUCUCGGCAGCCCGCGGCCACACGGCCUGCGUGAGCCACCUGCUCGCCCGCGGCGCCGACCCAGACGCCAGCCCCGGCGGCCGCGGCGCCCUGCACGAGGCCUGCCUGGGAGGCCACACGGCCUGCGCCCAGCUGCUGCUGCAGCACCGCGCCGACCCCGACCUGCUCAGCGCCGAGGGCCUGGCGCCUCUGCAUCUCUGCCGCACGGCCGCCUCGCUCGGGUGCGCGCAGGCGCUGCUGGAGCACGGCGCCUCGGUGCAGCGCGCAGGAGGCUCGGGCGGGGACACGCCGCUGCACGUGGCAGCGCAGCACGGCCUGGACGAGCACGCGCGCCUCUACCUGGGCCGCGGGGCGCCCGUGGACGCGAGGAACGGCCGCGGCGAGACGGCGCUGGGCGCGGCGUGCGGGGCGGCCCGGCGGCCCGAUGAGCACGCGCGCUGCCUGCGCCUGUGCGCUCUGCUGCUCCGCCGGGGCGCGGCGGUGGACGCGCGCGACGAGGACGAGCGCAGCCCGCUGCACCAGGCCUGCGGCCGCGCGCGCCCCGACCUGGCGAGCCUCCUGCUGCGGCACGGCGCCGACGCGGGCGCUCUCGACUACGGCGGCGCCUCCCCGCUGGCGCGCGCCCUGCAGACGGCCGCCUGCGCGCCCCGGGCCGCGGCGCCGCGCACCGUGCAGGCGCUGCUCAACUACGGCUCCCCCACCGUGUGGCCCGACGCCUUCCCGAAGGUGCUGAAGACCUGCGCAUCCGCGCCUGAAGUCGUCGAGGUCCUUUUCAACUCUUACCCUCAGCUCCGCGUGUCGGAGUCCUGGAAGGAGGCGAUUCCUGAAGAAGUGUUUGAGAUGCACCAGCCUUUCUACAAGUCCUUCUUUGCGUUGGCCCACACCCCGCGCUGUCUGCAGCAUCUCUGCCGCUGUGCCAUCCGGAAAUUGUUUGGCAAAAAUUGCUUUUACUUCAUACCCCUGCUCCCAUUGCCGAAGUCCCUGCAAAAUUAUCUCCUUUUGGAGCCAGAAGGUGUUUUGCAUUGAAAACCAGAGCAUUUGGACUAAGGCUCGAGUCCUCAUCUUUUCUUUCCGUGGGGGCUGCGUGGCGAGGAGAGCGCCGAGGGUGGGACGUCCCACUCUGCCUGGCGGAUGCACAGACCUCGCCAAGCUUCAGGUUCACCUCGGGAUGGAACUGGUAAUAAAAGCCCUUUCUGCCUCUCCACGUUGCUCGUGAGGAUGGAAACUGUGACUAUCCUAGUCUUGUAUCAGAAAGCACCUUCCAACAAAAGUUGAACUAAAAGGUAGAAGUAUUUUUUUCAAGGUUUGUCUCCCACCCCCAGUGGGUUAGCAACGUGCAUGCUGCCCGCCAGCCUCAGACCCUCUGCCUCAUGGGAAACGUCCCACCCCUUCUAGAGCUCGGCCACCUGGAAAGACUGUCCCCAACACAUGACAGAUGUACACGUUUAGAGAGGGCACCUGCUUGCAUAACAAGAGCGCCUCCCCAGGAGCCCACUGGUGCUUCCAGCACAAGACCGUCCAGAGCUCCUAGAGGAUGAUGGCGGGGUGGUGAGAUGGACAUUCUGAUCCUACAUGAGUCUGCUGUCUGACCCCCUCAGCAGACCCCAGCUGAUCCAGCUCCGGCAAAUAGUCCAGGCAGCCAGAUGCCAGGAGUAGACACAAGUUGACAGAGGUUGCCAUCAGCUCAGCCGAGCAUCCAUAACAAGAGAGAUGUUCGAAAGGUCUAGGACUAUGUAAACCAUGUCUUCUAUUUUCUCUCUUCUGGUGCUUUGACUCUGGGGCCUUGCUGACGCUGGAGGGCCGGCCCCUCCCAGGGUGAGCCAAUCCCUGGGGAUAGUCAACAACUCGCCCCCAGCGGUGCUUUUCAACCAAUCAAUGCAGAGCUCAUCCCAGCCGCCUCCUUUGUUGGGCUUUCACACUCUGGGCGACAGUCCAACCCAGGGCCACGUGCCAGACACUGGGGACAGCCCCUCUGCCCCAGAUCCCCCUGAAAUUAUUCAAACUAGCCAACCCUAAGCCUGUCUACCCUGCCUCGACCGUUCCUUCCACGGAAACCAUGGUAAAGCUCCUGCCCACAUCCCCUCCUCCACCUCCUGACCAACCCUGGUGCUUCCCCACGUGGCCCCUGAGGCGUGGCGUGUCCCUUCUCUCAGGAAUGGUGAGUAAUAAACUCUCUUUUCAAUGGCAGUCAUCUCCUGAUCUGUUGGCCUUACUCGACCUCAAAUUUUCUACUCAACACCAUAUUUUAGAACAAGGACCCUUUAUGGUCAUCCUCUGAGGAUGAGCAGUGGCUCCAUUUUUUCCAUUUUGAGCCAGUGCAAGGUGCUGCCAGGCGAGCCUCAGAGGGGGCAGGGCACGCUCUCCCAUUGCAGCAUCUGGAACGGGGUUCACAUCCUGCCGAUGAUAGCAGGAUAAGGGGGGAUGUUGUGUGCACCAUGAGCGAAGCCCACUGUGGGGGUGAAAGGGGGCCAGGAAGGGCCCACCCAGUGAGGGUGGGCAUGUGAAUGGGCAGUCAGGCUGAACCUUGGUGAGUGGUCAGAUUUCAACUCAGAUUUCAACAUCCACCUCCACUGCCUUCAGCUGACCCAGCCCUAUCCUGCCCUUUGAGAUGGACAGCUCAGCUGACCUAGAGAGGCCACAUAAACACAGCUUCAGGACCCCUCCCACCCCCACCCCAGGCUGAUGGCUCUCCUCAAGCCCCCCCAAACAGACCUUCAGGAGCCACCACUGGAUCAAAAGAACUUGAGUGAAGGCAGGAAAGUGCAGGGCACAGUGGAGAAAGAGUGACCUGUCCACCUGGAGAGGAGGGUCCCCGUGUGACAGCUGGAAGGAGGUGGAUCAGGAGGGUCUCGGCUUCCACACCCGGGAUGCUGGACUUCACUGGAUGAGCUGUGAGGAGCCAGGCGGGCAGAUGUAGUCAGAUGGGGCUCUAUGGAGAGUCCUUUGUCCUGGAAAGGGAUGCAACACACUGGAGGGCGGGGAGGAGCCCUUGGCGACACCCUGGAGAUGGGGCUUCACAUCCUGGCUCCUCCACUGAGCAAGAACCGUCACUCGACAUCAGCAGAGAGCUGCCCAUCGGGAGAGUGAAAUCAUCUUCGCCUCUCUCACGGGGUCAGGACUCAGUGAGCUAACUGAUGUAAGGCAGGGCUUCACGCUAAAGGGACCUUGUUGAAAUACAGAUUCCAGCACCAGAGUCUGGGGGGGGGCCCCGAUUCUGUGAGUCUGCGAACUUGAAUGGUACUGACAAGCUGGGGUGACUGGGGUGGUUGUUUACCCUGGUCUCUGACCCCACCAAACUCAGAGAUGGCAAAGCCCCAGGCCCAGAGCCAGCCCAGAGACAGAACUCAAUAAAUGGUUCCUUCUAUUCUCAUGAUUGUUUCAUUAUUAGAAGAGGAAAAUAGCCUAAUAUUGGAAUAAAAAGGGUAAAAAAUGGAAAAGCAAAGCAAUGGUAUUACCAAGGACAAAUAAGAAAGGGAAGAAUGGGGGCUGGCCCAGUGGCAGAGUGGUUAAGUUUAUGUGCCCUGCUUUGG